AUGCGUAAAGAUUGUGUUAUGCCUGCGCUAAGCAUAAUUGAAUGUAAAUAUUUCAGAAAUGAUGAUUUAUUAUUUAAAUUAACUGAUCGUUUAUUCACGAAAUCUGUUGAGACUGUUAAGGAAGCCGAAUUAUCCACAGAAGAAUUUGCACUUUUAACGGCAAUAUUCUUCUCACAAUCAAUUGCCGACGGAUUGUCUUACGAAGGAAAGGAUUUACUUUAUAAUGAAUCUGUUCGUUACACACAAAUUCUUUUUCGAUACAUUCAACAACAAUUUGGGGAAUUUUCUUGUGCUAGCCGUUUAGAUGAAUGUUUCCGUUUAAUUAAUUAUUUUUUUGAGAAAAGAAGGACUGGCCAAAUGUUUUUUGGACAUAUUAAAUUUAAUUAUCCAAAUAUUUGUAAAUAUCCAGAUUUUAUUUCAAAUAUUUUUGAGAAGAAUGAUUAA